UUAAAUUUCACUUUUUUGAAAUGGAUGGCUCAUUUUCUAUCACUAUAAUUUCUGUCACUAUAAUCGUCUCUUUUAUUUUUAUAUACACGGAAAUCUUCUUCACAUUUAACUUUUUUCCAAUUUAUUUAUUUGUUUCAUUAAUAAAAUAUUCUAUUCUUUCUUUACCACUAAGUAUCUUCUCAAAGCAAUUUCCGCAAGCACGUAAUUUUGCUUGUCGUAAUAAAUUCGUUGUCUUCCCGAAUUUCACCAACUCGAUACCGAUACCCGACACCGAAACCCGAUUUCAAGCCCCAGGGGACAUCUUCAAGCGUUUUAAUAUUACUUUCCGAAUUGCCGAUUAAUAUCCAAGUGUUAUUAGUCAAAUUGGAAAAUUUGUAGCACCCUGUUUGAAAUCUGUGUUCGGAAUUUGAAAUUGGAAUUUGCUCAAUAAUAUAACGGCUAUUUAAUUUAUUCUGUCUUUGUGAGUAAUUUCUCUUCGAAUUUCGCAGGUAUUAUAUCUAAAAGAAAUGUGGCUGUUAUAUUUUUUUGUGGAUUUUUGUGUGGAAACAUGAUUGGUUUAUAUUUGCAUUUCGAACGAGCGAGCGAAGCGAAGUGAAGUUCUUACAUUCACAAGGAAAGAUUUCGAUCUCGAAAUUUAGGAACUUAGAAAAAUUUUAACGCGUAUUGUUGAGUUGAAUUUAAGUGAUGAGAAAAUUGUGAUCAUAGAAUGUACUAUGAGAGUUUUGAUCAAAUGUUUUGAUGACAUUCUAUAGCUUACACAAUAAUGAAUUAUAAUCAUGAACAAAUUAGAUUGUUAUUAGUAGUAUUAGUACAAUACAACAUAGAUCUACUAAUUGUUUACUUUAAUCUUGUACCAAAACUUCUACGUCAGCUCAGACGUCAUCAACUGAUGUUAAGGUGCAAAAACGAUACAAGGUAAGGUAUCUUUCCCUGUUGAUGUUAUGCAUGAGUAAUUAAUUAAACACGUUUAUUAUUGUGUAUAUUUAGCGAACAAUAAUAUUCCCGCCUGGUAAGGAUUACAUGAUGAUUUUCAAGAAUAAAAACAAGCGGAAUAAGGUAAUUCCUGGUAGUUUUCCUUUUAUACUACUGGAUCUUUUAUGUAUUUGGAGAAUAAGCGUGAGUAAGUAUUAAAAUGACGUCAAAGUGCUUCCCUAAACAUUCAAUAAGCGUUUAUAUAAAUUGAAUGCCAAACAGGUGUGUCUUCAUUUCAAGUCCAAAAAUUGGAACAACAAGUCCUCAGCCUUCGAUUUUUAAUAUUUAUUUUGAGAUGGGAAACUCGUGUUUCAAAACUCUCAGUGCUGCAGAGCUAUUGGAGAUGACAAGUCACCCGAAUUUCUGUAAGCUCAUCCGACGAGAACAUUCUCAAGUAAUGUCAGUUCCUCUUAGAGGUACAAUCGCUUGUUUUUCACGAGAAGAAAAUUUAAAAAAAAAUAGAUACAGUGGUAUCCCGUGUUGGGAUCAUUCCCGAGUGAUAAUAAGUUCUCGUGAAAAUCUAGUUUUUGAUGACAAUUGGAAAAUGCCGCUAAUAACUGAAGAAACUGCAUCCUACAUACAUGCUAACUUCGUGGACGGAUUUAAAACUAUUAACAAGUAUAUCUGCACUCAAACACCUAUGGAAAAUACGUGGGAAACUUUUUUCAAAUUAAUUUGGGAACAGCAGUCUUACGUCAUAGUGUCCCUGACAGAUAUAGAUCAAGAUAAUUUAAAAAAUUACCAACUUUGGGUAAAUCCUGAAGGUUCUAAGGUGACUUUUGGAAAAUAUGUUGUCCGAAUUCUUGAAAUUCAGGAAAAAAUAAGUUACACCAGAACCCGAAUGCAGAUUACUAACAUAAUCACGAGAACAUCUAGGGAAAUAACCAACUUUUGGUUCACUGAUUGGCCUGACAGCAGCAUUCCCACAGGCUUGAAAGAGUUUCUGAAUCUUCGAAAAGAGGUCAACCGAGAACAGUCCAGACUGAUCGAGGAAGCGGAAAAGAGUUUUCAAUUACCAGGUCCUAUAGUAGUCCACUGUUCUACUGGAGCUGGUUGGACGGGAACUUUUUGUGCUGUAGAUAAUGCACUGGCACAGCUUGAUAAAGAGAAAAAGGUUUCACUUGCUCAAACCAUACUGAAAAUAAGGAGUCAAAGGCAUACGAGUGUUUUUUUACCAGAACAGUAUGCAUUUUGUUACAAAGUGUUGGAAUAUGUUUUAUUAGCGGAAGGAAAAAAGUUAAAAAACUAUUGAUGUUAGCUAUG